AUGUCGGAAAAUCCUAACAUGGGAAAAGUAUUUCAGAAGGAAAAUAAAGAAAAUGUAAAUGCAUAUUUAAAGAAGUUGCAUGAUUCCCUCAACAGCAUGAGGCCACCAUUGAAAUCAAUUGCAGAAUGGAAAAAGGUUUGGAUAGACCAGAAGAGAUAUGUUCGCAAAAAGGCUAUUCAGAAUGCGCAAAAUAAAAAACAGACCGGCGGAGGACCGUGUAAAGAGUAUGCAUUCUCUGUUCUGGAACAGUCCAUUUUGGAUUUAGCAGCGACAAUGGAAAGCGUGGAAGAUAUAUAUGGUGGCAGGGUUUUUGGUUUACAAGCUAGCUCAUCUAACACAAUUGAUAGCAACCAGUGUGAAACAACUAAGAAUGAAGAACGUGAUGGUAUAAAAUCACUUGAUGUGGACUAUGAGUACAACAAAAAAGCGUGGAUGACAAGUGAAAUUUAUGAUAAGUGGCUCAAACUAGAUAAAGUCUUUGUUGCCCAAAAUAGGAAAAUACUACUGUUCGUUGACAAUUGUCCCGCACAUCCUAAAAAUGUACAAGCAAAUUUAAAAAACAUUAAACUGCAAUAUUUUCCUCCUAAUUUGACGUCUGUUCCACAACCAAUGGACCAAGGGAUUAUUCAAAAUCUCAAGCAACAUUAUAGAAAACGAAUUGUGAUGAAAGUUUUGGCCCAUAUGGAAGAACCAACUCCUACGACUGUGUCGUUACUUGAUGCAAUCAGGGAUCUAAACAAAACCUGGAAUUUGGGUGUAAAACCACAAACAAUCAGCAAUUGUUUUAGAAAGGCUGGUUUUGCUAAAGGUGAGUUAAUGCAGAAUGCUACUACGGAUGACUGGGAUGAAAAAGACGAUCUUCCAUUGUCUGAAUUGAAACAAAUUUGGACCACAUAUCGAACGGCAAUGGGACCCGAUAAUGUGUCUUUUGAUGAUUACGUCGAUAUUGACGAUGGUGUGCAAACAAUGGGAUUCCCAACAGAUGAAGAUAUUUUAGAUAGCGUCAUGGAAAAUCCAGUUCCUUCUGGAAAAGACUUAGAGGAGGAAGUCUCUAGUGAAAGCGAGGUUGAAACAACAACUGAAACUAUACCCACAUUUAAUCAAGCGUAUUCUGCUAUCCAGACCCUAAGAAAUUUUACUUCGUCAAAAGAAAAUAUUCCCAAUGCAGUACAUGCGUCAAUAAAUGUAGUGGAACAUUUUAUAGAGAAAGAGAAAUGGUCCGUAUUUAAAAAAAAAAAUUACCAAUUUUUCCAAUAA